AUAGCGGACGAUUCCGUGACCGGUUAGUCUGUGCGCUUCCUUUAUCACUGUUUUAAAUAGAACUCUGUCAGCGAUGAAAAUCGUCAUUGGCUCUAUUCUUGUUUCACUGAUAAUAAGACUUAACCUUUAUAUUUUAUUUCUAUACUUUCUAUGCUCUACAUACUAGAAUUAAUCAAUGAAUUUUAUAACAAUCAUGGCCGCCAGCCGGUUUUCGUACCGUUUUAUACUAUAUACACCUUACAUUCGUCAAUAACUACUUGAGUAGAAUAAUAGUACAAUUUUAUCAUUUUUAUUGGACUUCUAACGUUAAAGACUGUUUUAAGACUUUAUUUUUUACCGUGUUGAUUAUAAGAAUUGAUUAUAUAUUAUUUGCUUAAAAGAUUAUUUUCUUAUAUAUUAUUUAUUAUUAUCAUGAUUUGUAAAAUCAUCAGAAUUUCGUUUAUUCGUGAAAAUAAUGGUAGAAAAUUAUUUCUAAGACAUGAAAUAUGUCUUUGUGUAAUAAAUCCAUUUUUGAUAAUAAAUUAAUUUAUUUUAAUUCAUCUUAUUGUUGUAUUUAAGUAAUUUAAGAAGUGUUUAUAUGUGAAAUUACUAACAACAAUGUAUAUUAUCAAAGGUCACAAAAAUGGAGGAAAUACAUCAACCACAACAGGUUGGGCCUAAUGUAAUGGCCUGUGUAGUUGGGGUUCCUAACCAUUCAAAUAACGUUAACCGGCGUGGUAGAGUUCGUUAUUCAUUACACAGUUUAAUGGUAGAAAAACUUCCAUUAAGUGAGGCUGCUCAGUUGGAGAUGAAAUCACUAUGCAGUAAAACACCAGUUUCGAUUCUUCAGGAAUUACUUUCUCGUAGAGGCACAACACCAAAGUAUGAACUAAUACAAGUAGAGGGUGCCAUACAUGAGCCUAUUUUUCGUUACCGUGUCACUGUUGCUGAUAUUGUUGAUCCAAUUGUUUCAGCAAUGGGUACUGGAAAAUCAAAGAAGGAGGCCAAACAUGCAGCUGCACGAGCUGUAUUGGAUAAGUUGUGUAGAUUAAAUAGCGAAACACCAGAUUCUCCACUUCCAAAUAAUAUACCAGAUUCAGAGAAUCUACCAGAGUUACCUGGAUAUGGAGAAGAAAAAAUAAUCACAAAUCCAAUUGGUGCAUUGCAAGAAAUGUGUAUGUCACGUCACUGGCCUCCGCCAAAAUAUACAAUGGAAAACGAGGAGGGUCUGCCACAUGAAAGACAGUUUACUAUUGUUUGCUCUAUUUUAAAAUAUCGUGAGGUUGGUCAAGGAAAAAGUAAAAAAGUUGCAAAAAGGCAUGCGGCUCAUAAAAUGUGGCGAGCUCUACAUGAUGUGAAUUGUGAAAAUCCUACUCUAGAUGAAGAUGAGGUUUUACAAAGAAAUGCAAAUGUGAGUGCCCGUUAUGCAGAUCUGAAAGGUAGCAAAAUUUCAACGUUAACAACUAUUCAUAGCCUUAAAGUUUCACAAUUUCAUAAAAGUCUGAAGUCAUCGACUGGUGUUAAACUAUUUGAACUACAGAAUACGUGUUUAAAUGACGGUGAUGUAAAUUUGGUGCAAUUUUUGCAAGAGAUAGCUUCAGAGCAGCAAUUCGAAGUAACUUAUGUUGAUAUUGAAGAAAAGUCUAUCAGUGGAAAAUGCCAGUGCCUUGUGCAACUGUCUACAUUACCAGUGGCAGUUUGCUAUGGUUGUGGUGUUACUAGUAAAGAUGCUCAAGCCAGUGCUGCUCAAAACGCUUUGGAAUAUCUGAAAAUCAUGACCAAAAAGUGAGCCAGCGCUUUGCUCCUGCCAG